GGCUCUGGCUGCGUUCGCGCAUCCGGCCCGUUACCCCAGUCACGGUCUAGGAGAGAGACUUGGGGGAGGGGGCGAACCCGAGCUCCCCAAACGGCUCCUGCCCCUCCUCGGAGGCGGACGGCCCGGGGGAGGGGAGGAGGGGAAGGAGGGGGAGGGCUGCUGAGCCGCAGCCGCCGCCUCCUCCGCUCGUCCUCCUCCCUGGCGCUGACCGAUGGACGCGGCGCUCCGUGGGGAGGACCCCGGCCCUGGGGGAUGGGGCGGCCGGCCCCCCGCGCGGAGGGACCCCGGAGGGGGCGCUUCCCGGGCCUCGCCCCUUGCAGGACUUUUUUUUUUUUUUCUGCGUUCGGAGCCAGACGCCGAGAGCCAGCUUGGGGAAAUCUCGGCCGCGGAGGCCUCGCCGCUGAGCUCGACUGCGCCCUGCGGCCACACCCUUGGCGACGCCCACGCCACCCCUCCCGGCGCCCUGCCGCGCAGGCCGGAGCGGCGACGGACGGCGCGGCUCGCACCGUGCUCGGAGCCUGGGAGGAUUUCGAGGAUUUCGUUGGAAAGGAAGGCGAGAAGGUGCCGGGGUCUCUGGGGACAUGGCGCUUGCACCCCAUCUAGCCUCCUCUCCCUGGAGUCGCGGGAGCAUAGUGCAACCAAUUGGCUCCGAGAGACGGCGAGCGGCCGCUCCCUGGCGGGCCUAUGCGGCACUCUCCUGCCUGGUGACCGACGCCUGGAAAAUGAACUGUGUGAUGUCAUCGACUCGGCCGACCAAUGGAAAAAGCUCCCGCGGAGAGGCGUUCCUCCUCUUUCGACUUGGCCCCCUCACGCGCGUGAGCGAGCGAGCGCGCGCGGAGGGGGUGGGGAAAAUCUCUAGCCGGGUGGCGCGCAUGAGCAGCGAAGCUCCUCCCUCC